CACCAUCCCUACAAACCCCAAAACACACACAAACAGAAGAAAGAGAAUUUGUGGGUUCUGGUCAGGAGAGAGAGAGAGAGAGAGAAAGAGAGUGCCAAAGUGUAUAACAUAAAGCUAAAGGUGGGGAACCAGACUCUUCUUCAACAAGGCCUUUUGCAGUGGAUAAAGAAAACCCAAAAAGCAAAUGCAUGCGUCUUUAUAAGAUUUAUCUUCUUGAUCAUCAUGAUCACUUACUCUUUUUACCCUUUUCAAGAUUUAAGUUCUUCAGUUCAUCCUUCUCUUCCAUGAUCACUGAUAGCCGGUUGUUUGAUUAAAUCCUCUCUCUUUGUUGUUCUUAUUUUUCAGUACAAAUGGAGCCAUUGUAUAUGGGAGGAUAAUUAACAGAAAUAGAGGAGGUGGGUUGCUUGCAGGAAGCUCUAAGAAAAACUUACAGUGAAGGCUGAAGCUUGAAAAAGAGAGGAAAAAGGACAGGGCGACAAGUAUGCCAACGAGGCAAAUCAAGGAAGGAGUGGAACAACACCUAGUGAUCAAACCAAAACCCAAACCCAAAUCAAACUUGCAGAAUCAGAUAAACCCAGUAGCAGAUGUAGUUCAAAAAACCCCCAAAACAGCUCAAAGUGAUGAAAAUCAUCAUCAUCAGCCACCCAAAACUCGAGGAAGGAGAAGAGGAAGAGGUGGCCGCAAAUCCUGUGAUCAAGAUACUGAAACUGGCAUCUUUAUGCGUCCCAAUUCAAGGCCAUGUACAGUUGCCGCUUCCCAGAGGCCUGCAAAUCUACUACAGUCCCAUUUUAAUGAAAGUGACAAAAAAAUGUCCAAUUUGAAUGAAUCAGAAAUGGGGUUUCCUUCUUCAAGCAAGUCCUUGAGUUUUGCUCCUAGGCCUGGCUAUGGUCAAACUGGGACAGUAUGUAUUGUGAAGGCUAACCAUUUCAUGACACAGUUACCAGAUAAGGACUUGAACCAGUAUGAUGUCAGCAUACUUCCUGAAGUAACAUCAAUAACUUUGAACAGAGCUAUCAUCGCAGAGCUGGUGAAACGAUAUAAGGAAUCUGACUUGGGGAUGAGAUUGCCUGCUUAUGAUGGCAGAAAGUGUUUAUUUACUGCUGGUGAACUACCUUUUGUCUGGAAGGAGUUCAGGAUCAAACUGGUAGAUGAAGAGGAUGGAAUCGAUAGUCCCAAAAGAGAGAGGGAGUAUAAAGUGGUGAUCAGAUUUGUGGCACGCGUCAAUUUGCAUCAUUUAGGCCAAUUUCUAGCCGGUAAGCGUGCGGAUGGUCCACAAGAAGCCCUUCAAAUUUUAGACAUAGUGUUGAGAGAGCUAUCAACAAAAAGGUACUGUCCUGUUGGAAGAUCCUUCUUUUCUCCUGAUAUUCGGAAACCACAGCAGCUCGGAGAAGGCCUGGAGUCAUGGUGUGGAUUCUACCAGAGUAUUAGACCUACUCAGAUGGGCUUAUCUUUAAAUAUUGAUAUGGCUUCAGCGGCUUUUAUUGAGGCUCUCCCAGUAAUCGAUUUUGUAGCCCAGCUUCUUGGCAAAGAUGUGUUAUCAAGGCCGUUGUCUGAUUCGGACCAUGUAAAGAUAAAAAAGGCUCUUCGAGGAGUGAAAAUUGAAGUGACUCACAGAGGGAAUGUACGAAGAAAAUAUCGGGUUUCUGGAUUAACAUCACAGCCCACGAGAGAAUUAGUAUUCCCUGUUGAUGACAAUGCAAACAUGAAGUCCGUUGUUGAGUACUUUCAAGAAAUGUAUGGCUUCACUAUUCAGCUAACUCAUCUCCCUUGCCUUCAAGUAGGAAACCAAAGGAAAGCCAACUAUUUACCAAUGGAGGCCUGCAAGAUUGUUGAAGGGCAACGGUACACAAAAAGGUUGAAUGAGAAACAAAUUACUGCUCUGUUGAAAGUUACCUGCCAGAGACCCAAGGAUCGUGAAAAUGAUAUUUUGCAGACGGUUCAGCAGAAUUCAUACAACCAAGAUCCAUAUGCAAAGGAAUUUGGUAUAAGAAUUAGUGAAAAGUUAGCAUCCAUAGAGGCAAGAGUUCUCCCUGCUCCUUGGCUAAAAUAUCAUGAUACCGGGAAGGAAAAGGAUUGUUUACCUCAAGUUGGUCAGUGGAACAUGAUGAACAAGAAAGUGAUUAACGGGAUGACCGUUAGCCGGUGGGCUUGCAUAAACUUCUCUAGGAGUGUCAAAGAAAGCAUUGCUCGUGGAUUCUGUAAUGAACUGGCUCAAAUGUGUCAAGAAUCUGGCAUGGAAUUCAAUCCUGAUCCGGUGAUACCAAUUUAUUCAACAAAGCCUGAGCAUGUUGAGAAAGCAUUAAGACAUGUCUAUCAUAUGUCAAUGAACAAGCUAAAAGGAAAUGAACUGGAACUUCUAUUAAUUAUUUUGCCAGAUAAUAAUGGGUCCUUAUAUGGUGAUAUAAAGCGCAUCUGUGAAACGGAUCUCGGCUUAAUCUCUCAAUGCUGUCUUACAAAAUACGUAUUCAAGAUUAGCAAGCAAUACUUGGCUAAUGUGUCCUUGAAGAUCAAUGUUAAGAUGGGUGGUAGAAACACUGUUCUUUUGGAUGCUAUAAGUUGCAGAAUACCAUUAGUGAGUGACAUACCGACUAUUAUAUUUGGAGCAGAUGUCACUCACCCAGAAAACGGAGAAGACUCAAGCCCCUCGAUAGCUGCCGUAGUAGCUUCUCAAGAUUGGCCUGAAGUCACAAAAUAUGCCGGAUUGGUUUGCGCUCAAGCUCAUAGACAGGAGCUUAUUCAAGACUUGUACAAAACUUGGCAAGAUCCUGUUCGUGGAACUGUCAGUGGCGGCAUGAUCAGGGAUCUUCUGGUUUCCUUCCGAAAGGCAACUGGGCAGAAGCCGCUAAGGAUCAUAUUUUACAGGGAUGGUGUGAGUGAAGGACAAUUUUAUCAAGUCUUACUCUAUGAAUUAGAUGCUAUUCGUAAGGCUUGUGCAUCUUUAGAACCAAAUUAUCAACCACCCGUCACUUUUGUUGUCGUUCAAAAACGUCAUCAUACACGAUUGUUUGCAAACAAUCAUAGGGUUCGGAACACCACAGACAAGAGUGGAAAUAUUUUGCCAGGUACCGUUGUCGAUACCAAAAUCUGUCAUCCGACGGAAUUUGAUUUUUAUCUUUGCAGCCAUGCUGGUAUUCAGGGGACGAGUCGACCUGCUCAUUACCAUGUUCUGUGGGACGAGAACAAUUUCACCGCUGAUGGAAUUCAAUCAUUGACAAACAAUCUCUGUUAUACAUAUGCAAGGUGUACACGUUCAGUAUCUGUUGUUCCACCAGCAUAUUAUGCCCAUUUAGCUGCUUUUCGGGCAAGGUUUUACGUGGAACCAGAAGUGCAGGAAAAUGGUAGCCUUGUUGGUCAAGGAACAAAGGGAAGUCGCGAGUCUGGUGGUGUACGACCGUUGCCUGCCCUCAAGGACAAUGUUAAAAGAGUAAUGUUUUAUUGUUAAGAAAGAUUCGUUUGUAUUAAUUUUAGGAUAGUUUGGUGUAGGAAAAGAAAAGGAAAAAAAAGCAUCAUCGCUUGUAUCAUAUGGAUAUGGCAUUUUGAACACCUUUUCGUUGUACUAAGGUCAUUCUGGUC